UGUAGUCAAGCCUUAACGCAAUUAUUGACGUUCAUUUGGCGUUACUUUGACGCUUGUGACGUUUAGCAGGUUCCCUAUAUCCAAAGCCGACAAAAACGAGUCGAAAAUCAGUUUUUCUUUUUUAAAACUUGCAUUUUUUCAAAAUACAGUCGAAACAACAAAUAGUUGGGUGUUAUGUAGUGCAAAAUAAGCAUAAGCACAACUAUUGUUUCCCUCCAAAGUUGGGUCUUGGUAGGAAAAAUGCCUCUUUUACGGAAAAAGGCUUUCAAGAAAAAUACGGCCACCGAAUUUCUACGGGACAACGAGCGAGUUUUCCACUGUGACAUCACAGACGAAAUUUUCAGGGAUUAUCAGGAAUUCGUGGACAGGAUAUUUCUAUGCAACUCGCAAGUAUGGACUUGCUACAUGACAGGAAAAUCGAACCUCACCUACUUAGAGGCCCAAGAAAGUGAAGACCAAGCCCGUAAAUUACUCGAAGGGUUUGCCCAAGACCUCAAAGUACCCAUUUUGUACAUCGCUUCUCUCACCAAACGCACCUCGUUCGGAGACAUGGCCGACGACGUUUUUCUCUAUACUAAAGACAGAUAUUUUGUUGGGGAAAAUAUCGAGGCUUGUUUAACCGGUAAUAAAUGGAAAGAUUGUCAUAUUAUAUCGGUGAUUGCACCUGAUUAUAAACAUGAAACUCUUACUAACGGAAAUAAAACUUCACCCGAAAAACACUUAUUUAUACCUCCAGCUAAUUUAUACAAAUACGAAAUCGAACAUUUAAACGCCAGCGACUCGGACUUGACCGAAAUAAUGAUUGUCGACAGUACGCACAUCAGACGAAAAAAAUCAAAGUAUUCCAGAGAAAAAAGUAAACUUUUUCUAAAACAGCACGUCGACCAAGACGACAGAGGAGUUUUCACAAUCAAAGCUCAAAGUUUAGAACAGUACAAUAUUAAAGACGUUAUGUGGGAAACAAUUUUCGACGGACCAAAGCCCAAUUUCCAAACUUCGAAACGUUUCGAAAAGGCUGUAAAUGGAAAACCCAAAAAACAGAAACAAGAAUCUAUGGCCAAAUAUUUACAGAAAAAUGGCAAAAAGGAUGUUAACAAAGAGAAAAAGAGUGGUUUGCUUUUGGAGCAAAUGAAAAAACGCGAAGAAGAUUUUAAAAAACAAAAACAAUUAAAUGAAGAACAGAAGGCUUUGCAAAAGCAGAAAAAGAAAGAGGACAGUUUGAAAUUGGCUCAGUACUUUAAAGAUUGGACAAAACCCAAAGAAGAUUUAGAACUCGAAGAUCAAAUGAAACUUCCUAUUCCUACUCCGGUAAACUGCAAAGUACCUACACAAUACUUUGGCGUCAUGCUUUGCAUUUUAGAAUUUGUGCACAAUUUCCAUAAAUUAUUAUCAACUAAAAAUUUUUUCCCUGGCGGUUUUACUUUGGAAAGCUUGGAAAGGGCCUUGACAGAAAGAGAAGUAGCUGGACCUUUAACUGACUUAAUUCAAAUGUUACUUGGGGCAAUUUUUAAUUGCCAAGAAGAGGAAUCAAACAGUUAUAAUACAGGAACUGAAACUGUAAAAGAUAUUGAUGAAGAAAAGGUUUCAACUGCCCCUAAUCUUCAAGAAGGUACCCACUUGGCAACCUUAGCUUCAAAAUGGCCUGUAAAAUAUCAAGGACUCCCUAUAAGUCGCCUCCCUAUGUACUCACUAACAGUAUCAGAAAUAUUAAGAAUGCAUUUGUUAUCUUCUGGAGCUAGAAUUAAAGAUUCAGGCGCCAAAUGGCGCUACGCUCAAAGAGGCGGGUACAGUAGUGAAGAUGACCCCGGAUUACAUUUGAGAUUACAUCAAGCUCAUAUAUUGAAAUCUUUGGCUUUACACAAUGUUGUCGAAUUACCAAUAAGCGAUAAAAUAGAAAUUAUUUCUUGUUUGAUGAAUCAGAUUGUCACAUAUGUGGAUGUAAGGGACGUUGUAGAAGAGAAUUUAGAAAAGAUCAAACAAAGUAAAAUAGAAUUGAAGGUACUUAAAGGGUUGGAAAGAAAAAGGGAAUUGGAAUUGGUGACGCAGAAAAGUAAAUUGAAAAAAGAAAUGGCAGAAGAUCAAGAAGGUUUAAAAAUUGCCUUGGAAAAAUUGGAUUUGGCCAAUGACAAGAAGCAUUCUGAAAAUCAAAGGAAAAUUGAGAAAUUGACUAAAGCAACUAGAGAAGGACAAAAACUUUUAGGGAGAGACAGAGCUUAUAGGAAAUACUUAAAAAUUGAGUCAGUUCCUGGAUUAUUUGUUAGCUGGGAAGACGAACUCUCAGGAACAUGCCUGGAUAAUGUAAUAGUUCAGUAUCCGAACCUGGUUAAUGCUAGUAGGCCUGAACUAAUGGCGCAUAUUAAAAAUUAUUAUGAAAAUAAGAAUUUCAAAAAAACUUCUCCUGUAAAAUCACCUAAGAAUGGUACAAGAAAGUCCUUACCAGAUACAAGUUCCUGUAACGAAUUACUUCUUUGCACUGCUGAUCCAACAAAUUGUCCAGUGCACAAUGUAAAUUUCAAACCAAAACAGACGUGGUCAUUUUUCCAUGAAAAAGAACAACUCGAGCAACUCAUUAAUUCACUCAACAAACGAGGCAUUAGAGAAUCAGAACUAAGAGAAACUCUAACAUCUGACGAAGAUGGUUUAACAAGCUUAAUAGCCAAAACGCCAGUUUCGAUUUUAAAUCCUGACAUUGUAGUCAAGCAGGAAGAAGCAGAAGAAAAUAGACCUCUAAGGAAGAAAAAAGAUAAAUAUGAGGAAGCCAAUUUAGGUUACCCAUCUGAGAUGAGUUCAGAGGAGGUUUUGGAAAGUGCCCUAAUAGAAAACAUUUUAGAAUUAGAAGAAAAAAUCAACAGUGGAGGUUUAGGCGCGUUAGAAUUCAAAGACAGAGAAAAGUGGAGAAGUUGCUUGCAUACCAGAAACUAUGAUGAAUUUGAAACGUUACAAAUUGAAAAAACCAAUAAACAUUUAAAAGUUAAAACUUCUGACAAGGACCACAGCAGGUCUAACACACCUGAAAUCCCCGAAAAAAAAGAAGACAAAGAAUACCACGAUCCAGGAAGAUAUUUAGGUGCAACCCUUGAAUCAACCGAUAACAAAUCACCAGUUGUUCAACAAGAAACCGUACAAAGAGCAAUAAAAUGCCUAGCCACCGCCCUUUGGCACGUCGCAGACGGAGUGGAAUACAAAUACAUGAAAAGACCUUUGGGACACGCGGACGUCAGACCUAGCAACAAACACAAGGAGCCCCACGACGUUUUGGAAAAGUGGCAACAGUCCCUGCUGGCCGCCACCAGCUUCAGUCAAGUCUUUUUACAUUACGGGACGUUGGAUUCUUGCGUAAUGUGGUCGCGAUCCGCUUUGCUAGCCAGGUGUCAGGUUUGCAGACGACAGAGGGAUUCCGAAAAUAUGCUUUUGUGCGAUUCGUGCAAUUUGGGACAUCACUUGUAUUGUCUGAAACCUAAAUUGACAGUCAUACCUCAAGGCGACUGGUUCUGCGACAAGUGCAAAAAACAAAAAGAAAAAGAAGAACAACUUUUGAGUCCGGAACCAGAGAAAAAGAGACGACGCAUUUUCGUUGAAGUGGAAGAAGAAGCUGACGAAGAAGAAGAACAAGACAUCGAGGAUGAAGAAGUUGGAGAGGAAGAAGAAAUAAGCGAUUCAGAAAAAGGAAACGAAGAAGAAUAUGAAGACAAUAAUAUUAUAGAAGAACAACAGUGCAAAACCUGCGGGUCAGGUGGCGAAAUGAUCAAGUGCGAAAAAUGCGACUUCAGUUUCCACAAAGAGUGUGUUGCGCCUCCUCUUAGAAGACUGCCGAGGGGUCCGUGGUCUUGCCCAAGUUGUUCUGGUAAAGGGAAAAAUGGCUACAGCGGUUCAGGAAUUACGUAUAGCAGAAGACUUUGCGCAGCGAAAGCCAGCCGCAAGAUCCACGCAUUCGCCAAAGUCCUGCGCGUUUCCAACAACGACGAUACGCCUGAUUCAAGUACUGAUGACGACAAUUCUGACAAUGAGGUUAUUAUCAAAAGACCAAUGAGACGAGAUGAAAGUAAGGACUUGCCGUUGCACAAUGCAGCUUUACAAGAACUUUUAUCAGAUAUCAUGAGGUAUGAAGCAGCUUGGCCAUUUUUGAGGCCUGUUCAACAAAAGGAAGUUCCUGACUAUUACGAUAUCAUAAAAGAACCCAUGGAUUUCGGUACAAUCAAGUACAAAUUAAACAUGGGCAAAUACAGUACGGAUUCGCAACUGAUGAGAGACGUGGUGCUCGUUUUUAACAAUUGUAACACUUACAAUUCCAGCUCGGACGAAGUCUACAAAUGCGGCUACAAAUUACUGAGCUACUUGGCUAAAAAAGCUUACGAAUUGGGCCUCGAAGUACCCGAAGAGCUGAUGCUGGACAAUCCUGAACCAAAAGCAAAAAGACCUAGAGUCAAUUAGUAUUAUUUUUUUUUAAGCUAUUCCAUAUUCAUUAUUUGAAGGUGUAGAUCACUUUAUUACAGCAAAAUUUGACAUCGUAUUUUUGUAAAAAUAUUUAUUAAUCUCCGAUAUUUUUAAUUUAAGUUAAAAUAAUAAUUUCUGUUUGCAUGUAAGAAGUAGAUUUCCUGAUCUGAAGUUUUAAUUAUUGUAAAUACUUUUUUAAUUGAACUAAGGCCUUCAAGUUGAUACAAUUUUCUCCUAAGUUAAAAUAAAAGUGCAUGUUAUUAUUUAACAAAAGGUAGUUUUAUUGAUUAAAAAUAAUUAUUUUUUCUCUGUAAUUUUAGCUAAAUCUUCAACUAUACGAUCAAUCGAGUAAUAAAUUAGUUUGUCUUGCAUUUCGGGCGUUAUUGCCUUUGUCACCUCAGCAGUAACAUACUCAAUCAGAUUCCUAUGUUGAAUCCUUUCCCUUAUUAAUUCCACUGCCACAUGAUAAUCCAAGCGAUUUUUUACUUCGUUAUAAGCGUACAUUAGUCUUUUUCUAUACUCUUCUUCAAGUUGCAACUGUACAUUCUCCCUUUUAACAUCAGUAAUCAUUAGCUGACCAUCCAUUUGAAAUUGCAAAUGUAGCUCAUUUAUAAUGCUCUCGCUGAAAUAUUCUUUUUGCUUCACUCUAUCUUCGUUCCAAGCCGCUUCAUAAGCAUCCACUUCCUUAUCGAGAUAUUUGGCUAAUGUCGGUCCGAGGUAUUUGAUGCCGCACACCCAAAUUACUAAAACGCUGAGUCCGUGAUAGUAGUAAUGUUCGAGCACGUAAUGCUCUUUGCUGACCAAGUAAGUGGCAAAAGUGAAAAAGAACGUGCCUAGGCCUGUAACGCCUGUUUUUGGCAUCAGAGCGUACCAC